GCCCACCACCUCUGGCGAACCGGAUCAGCCAUGCCGUGAAAUUUGCACAGCGUGGAAGAUUCCAGCUCACGUACGUACACGUCGCCAGCCAGGCACCAACCACCGUGCAGGCACACAGAGUAGAACUAGACUAGAUCCAUGCAGCAGCUGAACUGCUGAAGAAUAUAGUACCAUACCACCUUGCUCGCUCGCACCCACACCAGUUCACUCUCGCAGCAGCUAGCCUCGCUCUCGCGCACAGGAUGCGGAGGGGUGUGGGCGCGCGCCUUCUGCCACAGGCGGCGGCCAUCGCCGUGGCCGUGGCCGUCGCCUGCUGCAUGGCCGGCGCGGCCGCACAGGGGACGACGACGCCGGUGGACGCCGGCGGCGUGGUGCCGUCGUGCGCGUCGAAGCUCGUGACGUGCGCGGGCUACCUGAACACCACCGACACGCCGCCGGAGUCGUGCUGCGAGCCUCUCAAGGAGGCGGCGACCACGCAGGCGGCGUGCAUGUGCGCCAUCCUCAUGAACAGGGCCGCGCUGCAGGCCUUCGGCGUGGCGCCGGAGCAGGGGGUGCUCCUCGCCAAGCGCUGCGGCGUCACCACCGACGCGUCCACCUGCGCCAAGUACGCCGCCGGGGCCGGGGCCGAUGCUGCCACUGCAGGUAGCACGGCCGCUUCUUCAGCAUCCACGGGAACUGCUGCUUCUACAGUUGCCAAGCCAGCCGCUAGCGGAGGUAGCACGCAUCCCCUGAGCUUGAUGGCCGCAUCUUCAUUUGUAGGCUUGAGUUUCAUCUGGUGGACGAUCAUGGCAUAGAAAGAGAUACCAAUGAGUAUGAACUAUUAUUAUGUGAAAAACUGUAUCGUUGCAAUAAACAUAACUAUCUUGUCGUCGUUUCUUUCAGUA